AUGGAUGUAACAAUCAAUUGUGAUAUCGGAGAAAGUUAUGGAAUAUGGAAAAUGGGUAAUGAUGAAGAAAUUAUGCCACAUAUAGACUUGAUCAAUGUUGCAUGUGGAUUUCAUGCUGGUGAUCCAAAUGAAAUGAGUAAAACAAUAAAACUAGCCAAACUCUAUCCUCAUAUAAAAGUUGGUGCUCAUCCUGAUUUACCUGAUUUGUAA